AGUAGGAUUAAUGUCAUUCUGAUUCAGAGUUUUUAAGCAGGAAAUCCAAACAGCAGAAGGGAUAAGAGCUCAAAUUCAUUUCAGUUAAAGCAAAACGGGAAGAGCAGUAAGUAGCUAUCCUGAUAAAGGGGCAGGGGUGGGGGGCAAACAAGAGCAAAGAAGUUGAUGUUCUCUGACUGAAAGAAUUUGUGAAGUCUCUUAGAUUUGGCAGGAAACGAGAGAGAAAAUAGGAAGCAGACGCUCCGCUCCGCGCCAGCUGCUUUCGCCCCCCGCCCGGGCCGCGCACGCUCCAGGGUCUGCGCGCGUCCACGGCGCGUCCCCGCGGGCUCGCGCGCCUCGUGCCUCGCGCCUCGCGCCUCGCGCCUCGAGCCACGUCCCCGCCCCGGCCCCGCGCCCGGCGGAGUUGGCUGCUGGGAGGCGCGGGCCUGGGUGUGGUCGGCGGAUCUCGGCGGCGCUGGUCUCGGCGGUACUCUGCGCUCUGCAAGCCGGCUCCGUGCGCCAGGGGCUGCUGAGCGCCCAGCUGACCUCCGCACGCCAGUCCACGCGGGCCCAAGCUCCCUCCAGUGACUUUCAUUUGUUAGUUUCUGAGGUAAACAAAUUCAAGGAUGAGUGAGCUGGAACAGUUGAGGCAAGAAGCCGAGCAGCUGCGGAAUCAGAUCCAGGAUGCUAGAAAAGCAUGUAAUGAUGCCACGCUUGUUCAGAUCACGUCAAAUAUGGAUUCCGUGGGUCGAAUACAAAUGCGAACAAGACGUACACUGAGGGGUCACCUAGCUAAAAUCUAUGCUAUGCACUGGGGAUAUGAUUCGAGGCUACUAGUCAGUGCUUCCCAAGAUGGAAAAUUAAUUAUUUGGGAUAGCUAUACAACAAAUAAGAUGCAUGCUAUUCCUUUGAGGUCCUCCUGGGUGAUGACCUGUGCUUAUGCUCCCUCUGGUAAUUAUGUUGCUUGUGGAGGACUGGACAACAUCUGCUCUAUAUAUAACUUGAAAACCAGAGAGGGAAAUGUGAGAGUGAGCCGAGAGUUACCGGGUCACACGGGCUACUUGUCCUGCUGUCGUUUUUUAGAUGACAGCCAAAUUGUUACAAGUUCAGGAGAUACAACUUGUGCUUUAUGGGACAUCGAAACUGCCCAGCAGACCACUACAUUCACUGGGCAUUCUGGAGAUGUGAUGAGUCUUUCUCUGAGUCCUGACAUGAGGACUUUUGUUUCUGGUGCUUGUGAUGCCUCUUCAAAAUUAUGGGAUAUUCGAGAUGGAAUGUGUAGACAGUCUUUUACUGGCCAUGUGUCGGAUAUUAAUGCUGUCAGUUUUUUCCCAAAUGGAUAUGCCUUUGCCACUGGCUCUGAUGAUGCUACUUGCCGACUCUUUGACCUUCGAGCAGACCAAGAGUUAUUAUUGUAUUCUCAUGACAAUAUCAUCUGUGGGAUCACUUCCGUAGCCUUCUCAAAAAGUGGGCGUCUCCUGUUAGCUGGGUAUGAUGACUUCAAUUGUAACGUAUGGGACACACUAAAAGGAGAUCGUGCAGGUGUUCUUGCUGGUCAUGACAACCGUGUCAGCUGUUUAGGUGUAACUGAUGAUGGCAUGGCUGUGGCAACAGGGUCUUGGGACAGUUUUCUUAGAAUCUGGAAUUAACAGCACAAAUUUUCUGUUCUCCACUGAUACCUGGAGAAAUCAGUACUACAGCCUAUAGCUGUGAAAAAGAAUUUACCUUAUAUUUGCAGGUGAAGAUUUUUCUAUUAAGAUUAUUAUAUACAAAAAGAAGCUUUCAGUAAACUACAAAACAAAAAAAGGUGAAAACAAGGUAAAGGUGCUUGCUGAGAUCAGGACCAGUGUAUUAAUUUGAGGAGUGGAGCUAAUUUAACCGUGAUGAAUUUUUGCUUGUACUGUCUAAUUCUUUUUCUUUGUGUAGAACAGAAUGUACACAUUAUAGCAGCCUAUCAUGUUUGAGAGUAUGUGUUUGCAUUUUUUAAGAACUACAUUUUUAACCUUGUAUACCUUAAAAAGUGUCAUAGUUUUGAGUUUUGUAGUGGAGGAACCAGGCACAGUAAUAGAUGGAAGUGAUACCAUUGAUGUGUGUACUGAUAUUUGAAGCAAGUCUCCUUGUAUUCCGACCAUUUUGAUCUAAAAGAGAUCCUGGUUGCUUACUGUUUAAGAAUGCUGACAGGCCUAGGUACCACUGAGGGGAGUCCUUGUGAAUAUCAUUAGUUUCUGCAAUAUCCUCUGCCAUCUUAUCAACUUAAAUUAGUGCUCAUGUUUAGUCUUUUGAAGGGGACAUAAUCUGAUGGCCAGGGAAUAGAGAUCUCACUCUGAAAUUUUAGACAUACAUAAGAAACUCAUAUUAUAUUAAUUGGUAGAUAGCAGUAAUCACAUGAGAAUGGUUCUUGUUAUUUUAAAAAGCUGGUUAUGAUCAAAUGACACUUAGGUAGCAUUCGAAAUAGCUGGGCUUUCCUAUUGAUUUCAUAUCCUAGAACUGAGUUUGUAAGGUGCACUCAUUUCAGAAGAUUGAUGAACAUUUGGACUGUCCUUGCAUCUGAAGGGUUUUUCCCAGUGUUCUCCAUCAAUGUGUAUCUAGGUAGGAAAAAUAAUGUGAUGGCAUUGUUUUUCAAAGAAGUAUAAAAUCUAACCAAUCACCAGGUCUGACUAGUUAUAAUCAUUAAGGUUGCUUUAUGAAUUUGUUCACAUAAUAUAAAAUCUGAAUUGAUGUUAACUCCCCGUGCCUUAAAAAAUUAAAAAGCAGACAUUCAAGCUUUUUGAUCUUCUAUAAUAUUUCCUCCCAUUAGCACAAAAUAUUGGUUUCUAAGUGGUUUUGCUUCAAAGGAUACCAAGAUCAAAGUGACCCCCACUUUAAAGCCAAAAGAAGAUUCUAAGAGCAGUUCUUGAAGGAGUCAGAGGAAAAUACUAAGCAAUUCCUCUGCUUGUCAGUGAUAUAAUAAUGUGUGUAUUACUAGAACAGGCCCCCUUGAACUUAAACAGAGAUCCUUGCCCCUUGGAUUUCUCUUAAAAAUAAUCUAAAUGAUUGACAGUAGAAGAUUGUUAGUCUUCUUUGAUGGUAAAGUCGUGGGGUUUUUCUGAUGUAGAAGUGCAUUGUGUUUUGUAACAGUAAACUGUGUCUGUCAGUAACUGUUGAGAUAGGUCUGUUAACUUUUGAUCACCUGUAACCCUAACCUAAAUACUCCCAAAUUUUACUUGUAAAUUUUCAUUUUUAUAUUGUGGAUGUGCUAGUAAGUGCAUCAACCAUAAUGAAAUCAGUAAAUGUUUUAAGAUACUAAAAAGAAUAAAAUGGGAAAAGGAAGAUUAAGAUAUAGGACCAAAAAAACAGACUUGUAGAUGGCAGGCAUGAAUGUAUAUUUAUAUACACAUUCAAGAUUUCUAUGAACUUUAGCUGUUAAUGUUUGUGGACUAUUUAUAUCACUUCAUAAAGAGAAGCUCUUUGAGAUAAGGCAAGAAUACUUCAAAGGGACAUAUUCAUUUCCAAAAACAGAGAGGGGUGAGGGUGUACCAUGUAGUUCAGCAAUUUAUUCCAAAAUCCUCUUCAAGAAAGCACUUCUACCAUGUGCAAAAUAUAGCCUUAUAUAUAUAAAAAGAAAGUAUCUCCUCUACUUUGAAAGUGGUUCUAGUAACAAGAUACUUUAGUCAGAGGCACACAGACUAUAAGAAGUCUGUGGUCUUCAAAAUAUUAAUAAAAGUGAUUUAAUGUUAUUAAAGUUUUUGUAGAUAGUUAAAAAGCAAUUCCCAUAAUUAAAUAUGUAUUAGGCAACUGAAAAUUAACCACUGCUAUGGCUAUUAUUACCGUAUUAUACAUAUGACCGAAUGGUGACCUCAUUACCACAUUAACUUACUACGUAAACCUUUGUUUAGUGAUAUGGGUUCCAGUUGCUAAAUAUUUGUUUCCUUGCAGUUUGAGUUCAUCUGCUCGUCUAAUUCUUUUGUGCAUAAGAACUUCCUAAAGUCAGUAUAAUUUGUAGAAGCACAGUACAGUUUGAAUCUGUUUUUCAAAACUUAAAAAAAAUAUGGCCAAAAGUAGUUUUAAGGAAUUUUAUCAAUAUUGCAGUUCUGGUGCCUGAUUUCUUUUUACCUAAGAAACAUUUAAACGUCAUGCGCCUCAGUUAGGUGUAUUUGUAGAGUCUUUAAUCACUUCAUAAAGAACAGUUUUUUUUAAGAUGUGGCAAGAGUAUUUUAAAGGCACAUAUUCUUUUCUAAAACAAAGUGGAGUGAUUGCCAUGUGCUUCAGCAAAUCAUCCCAUAAACCUGCUCAAGAAAGCACUUUGUGCUAUCAGCAAGAACAUCACCUCCACUUUGAUGGACAGGCCUCAUUUUUGGCAGCUAUGCUAUCAGAGAUUUAGACUAAAUAUCCAAGAUCCCUCCCUAGCUCAGAUUUUUAUAGUUGAGUCUGUGGUUACAACAGCAUAUUGAAUUCCAUCUUCAGAGAGGCAAAGAUUUAGGCUUAAUAUUUCAUGAGAUACUUAAGUAUCAAGAGAUACUUAAUUCUUCAAGAGAGCCUAGUAAGCAAUCUCCUUAUUUUAAUUUAGACUCAGUUGAACUGAUUAAUAUUGCAUGAUGAUAGUAAACUAGUUUCCUAGACAUAACUGAGGUAGCUGCUUCUGGAAUAUGUUAAGUAAUUUUAAAGUUAACAUAUUGAAAGAGAAAUGGAUCUUGGCUACUCUAGGUGACAAAGUGAAAUUUUUAUUGUUGCUAAGACAAAAAAUACUGUGCCAAUAUUAUAUAAUUAACCUUCUCCAACACUUUUGAUGUCUUAGAUUUAGUAAUAUUAUUAAGACUUUUAAAAAUGAAGACAUUCAGGGAAAUUUAUGCUUGAUCAUUGGUGAAUGUCUCAGUUUAAAGUAUAACAGUUGAAUACUUGCGGCUUACCUGUUGAUGUGUUUAAACGUUAAUGGAAAGUGAUUAAACAAUCUCCCAAAUGGACCUAUGAUUUUAGUAAUAAAGAUGUUCCUUCUAAAAUCUUCACAGUGUGAGUCAGACUUAAAAACAUUUUUAAAUUAAGUACUAUGUUCAGUUUCUAAUUUCCCUUUUGCCACUGUGGAAAGCAAAAUUUUAAAGUGUUUCCUACCUCCUGUUAGAAUUUUUAAAACACCCACCAGUCAGACUAUCUUGUGAGAAAUGGUAGCACAGUGAAUAAAAUUGGUAUUUUAAAUUAGGUUAAGUAGAAUGUGAAGUACCCUUCAUAUUUACUAGUUUUUCUCCCAUUGUUCAUUGUAAGUUGCCUUAAAUUCAGUGCUGUAUUUAAAAGUAUUGGUUAUAAUAGGUACUCAGUAAAGUGGUCUGUAGUUGAAUGUCUAAGCUAGCAUUGUUUUAAAAGUAAUUUAUUAAUCAGAAUGAUGGUACACCUUGUGUUUAGCAAAUUUGUUUGCAUGUUGAUAAAAUUUCCUAAGUCUUUUUUCUUAAAUCCAAUUGAUCCUACAAAAUAGUUGAUUAAUGCAGCAUAUGAAAAAGCUGGUUAUAUGUUUCAACUGGUGUUAAAUGUGCCUGACAAAAUCUUACAUCAUACAGUAUUUUUUAAUUAAUAGAACUUCAGUGAUAUACUUGGUAGAUAUUUCAAGCCUUUUCUGUGUCUUACACAAUGGUGCUCUAUCCUAUUGUUUUCUCUUUUCAAAGAAGCAUCUGAACACUUGCAUUUGCAUAUUUUUAUCCAAAGGCAUUCACAUCUAAGUGGGUUUUUUAAGUUGAUUAAAAUGUUUUUCUUCACCUAGAAUGGUUUCUACAACAGCUGUGGCCAACUGAAUCUGAAUAUCAGUAGUUUGUGGGAAAGGUGAAUGUAUUAGAUUAAAGCUCUUAGAAAAAAGCUUUAAACCAAACUAUGGACUUGUAUCAUGAUUUAACAGUAUUCUUGAAUCCUUCUUGCAGUAAUUCGUUCCUUUAGUUGUACAGUAGCUCUGUGAAAUAAUGUUGCUGUGAAUUGAUACUGUAAUCAAUAAAGUGCUUUUAACAGA